GGAGAAUACACAGCUCAUAGAGUGCACACAUAGUAGCUUUGCAAGCAGCCCUAGCAGCGCCAUCGCCAGACUGGAGCAAAUUUUUUCUUCUCUUAUCGUCGCCGCGUCUUGCUUCAGCAGAAAAGGGUGCAGACGAAUAGGACCUGUCCACGAAACUAUGCAUAUUUUUCCCAUCACUAUCCUGACGAAAUCGGAAGAAAGGAUUGUGUGUGCAAAAACUUGGUGUGUGUAAGCGCUGUGCUUGUGGGAACAGUGGCUGGAAGUAAUAAACGCAAGUCUGCUGGCGAAAAGGUGUGAUCGCCGGAAGUGAUGUCCUCAGUAAAGCGUGGAUUUAUUCGGGAGUUCGCGAGUGCAAGAUCAAAUACAUUUAAUACAAAGAUAACAUAUUUAAUAACCGGAGAAACUGGUAACCUUGCUGAAUCAGAACCGACUAAUUCUUCUAGUGACCGUAGCGCGGCGCUUCAGGCAAACUGUUUCGAUGUCAAAAUGUGAAUAAACAUUACGCAGCGCUAGUAAUAAAGUUAUAAUUUGACGAAUUCAAUUAUAAAGCAGCAUGAUCAGUGAAUUCAAAUAAAAAACUAUCAAGUGGCAAACGUGGCAAAGCUUUUUUUUUAACAAACGUAAAGUUUAACCUUCGCUUCGUUGGUGGGGUGUAAGUUUCCCGCCGAUACGCAAGUUCGAAACAGCAACGGAAUGACGGCACUGACAGUUCACUUGCCGUUGACAAGCUCCAGCGGACAGCCCAACUGCGUUCGAACAAAAAUGGGCAGUGUCACUUCGACAGAAAAUGGCGUCUGCCAACUUUUUGGAGGAAGCUCUUAAAUCAGAUGUCGAUGAAUCCGCGGUGAAUGCGAUCGUCGGAACGCUAGAAAACCAGUUGGACCAAUCUAGUGCGGACCAGGUGCAACAAGUCGCGAAAAAUUUCGAGUGCGGAAACAGUGGGAAUAGUUUAAAUAGUGAAAUUGUGUCAAAUGGAGGAGCGACCCCCAUUUAUAGCUCAGUGCAACAGCAGCAGAAACACAGUAAUCAUGGUGUUACCAAUGGUGAAAUCGUAUCCAAUGUUAUGAACAGCAACGGCAACAAUAAUAACAACAUCAACAGUAAAACAUACUUCAUUUCCUCUAGUGUCGGUCAGAACGUGAUCAAUAGUGUAGGUUCUGGGGCUACGACCGUGGUUGUCGGCAAAAAUAUUACCGCUUCGGCCGCCGGAAUUCCACCGUCGUCUACGCCUCCUGCCUUAAUAAAGACUGUGCCGACAGUUUCCUCCUCUUCCGGGAUUAGCAUCAUCAGUAACCAGAUUGUAGUGUCCGCCGGUGGUCAACCGCCGCCACCGUUCAACGUCCCAACCAGCAACAACAAUAACAACUCGCAGUAUCAGUCUAACAUGCCAAAGAAUGAACCUGUAAAGUUGGUGUAUCCUUCUCCUGGAGGUGGUACAGGGACGCCAAAUGCCGGGACCCAGGCGGUACUCAACAUGAACAACAAUCGUGUAACGCUCACCUCGACGUCACUGCCCAACGGAACGAUUUCGUUGACGCAGACCCCACAGCUGAUCCAAACCGGUGGAGCAGGGGGAAAAACCACGAUACAAGCCACCGGCCAGCCGGGCAAUCCCGGCCAGCACCAGGGGCAAACACUCAUUAUCAAAAACCAGCAAACCGGGGCCGUGAUGAAUACCGGGGCGCCCGGAAUAGUUACGAUGACAAAACCGAUCAACAAUCAGGCAACACAAAAUAUUGUCGGUUUACCGGCUGGUGUACAAAUUGUAAAUGUUAGACCUGGCGCACCACCCACGCAAGCACAACAAAAAACUGUUGCCGCUGUAUCACCUAGAGUUGUUAUUGGUAGUCAGCAAAUAGUUAGUACUAGACCACCAAACGCAAACGCUAUCACACUAAGUGCCCUUCAAGGACAGCCGGGUUCGACGCUGCUGCUGAAGAAUGAGCAGGGCCAAUUUCAGCUUCUACGGAUCGGGCCGGCACCGGCCGGCGCCCAGAUUACACCCGCCAAUUUAACCGCAACGUCGGCGACGAAUCAGACGAUACGGUUGCAAACAGUCCCAGCUGUAAGUAGGUUUACCGGUCCUCCAUUAGCCCUCCGCAAGACCAUUGUCACCACGCAACAGGUGAAACAGAAGCAAAAUCAGCCGAUUUCGUCCGGUUCAGGUACGAUCAUCGUCAACUCCCAAUCCAUCACCAACACCCCGACCAGCUAUGUAACAACGCAAUCCACUCCGGUAGCCUCUGUGGCGCCGGUGCCGGCACUGGCAGCUCAGCAGCACAUUACCAUCUCAACAGCGCAGUCUCCAGCGUCGGCCGUUGCCACCGGGCAGCCGACGGUUGUGGCCACCCAGCAUCCCCAGACUACUGUCAUGACAACCCAACAACCACAGCAACCUCAGCAGCUCGGAAGUGGUGGCCAGCAGGCAACCCAAACAGUCGUCGUGACGACUACGACCGGCCAAACCGCGCAGCAACGCAACUCGUUAGAUAAUACCAAAGAAAAAUGCAGGAAGUUUCUCACCAAUCUCAUCGAGCUCUCGAAGCGGGAACCCAAACCGGUGGAAAAGAACGUACGGACGCUCAUCCAGGAACUGGUCGACGCCAACGUCGAACCGGAAGAAUUUUGCGAAAGGCUAGAGCGACUACUCAACGCGAGCCCGCAGCCAUGUUUGAUCGGUUUCUUAAAGAAAAGUUUACCACUUUUACGACAAUCGCUCGUAACGAAAGAGAUCACGAUUGAGGGCAUCAACCCUCCUUCGGCAAAUGUGGCAUUCUCUGGUUCACCCCUUACCCAAAUACCUGCCCAAAUUCGUCCGGUAACCCAAACCAUCGUGACACAGAACAGCAUGGUGGGUCAGACGCAAAUCCGGAUGCUUACGACGCAAUCGAGCGGAACCACUGUACCCCGAAUUGGCCAAACGACGAUACGUCCGGCCGCCCCGGUGCGGAUACAAACGCCCAUACAACAGCACCAAACAACCACCAGCGUGCCGCGGCAAAUCACGACUCAACACAUACGACCGAACGCGACGGCCACCGUAGGACAUACCACCAUUGUGCAAACAAGCCAACAGCUGCCUCAAACGAUCUCAACGACGCCCCCAGCGCUGUUACCGAUUCGCGCUCCGGCUGGUACGGCGAUAACGCGUACGCCAGCGACGCUACAGAUCCGUGCAACGACGCCGGUUGUAUCGCGUACCGUCGCCACCAACAACAAUGCUGCUAGUGGCAACACGACCGUAACCACCAAGACAAUCCGUGGGCAAUCGCCUGCCGUAGUUUCAGUGGCAGCUGCUGCAGCAGCAGCGGCCGCUGCGGCUUCCGGUUCGGCCGCAACGCAGGUUAAACAGGUUACAGCACUAAGUAACAGCAAUAUGGUCGUAGCAGCAACGUCCGCCGUGGCCUCUCCACCAACAGCUCCCGGAACACCGGGGCUAGUGGUGACUGGCACGCAGCCGUUGCCAGCGCUAGCACUUAGUUCUUCAGCGGCUGCUGCCGUUGCCACCUUGAAUAAUGCUAACAAUAGUAGUCACUCUACUAGUAUAAUUAGUACAAGUAUCCCUUCAGCGACGACGGUGGUGGUCAGUUCAGGGCCUGCUACUGCAGCGGGCAGUAACAACACCACCGGAAACCAUAGUACCAGUAGCAAUACUGCACAUAUUAUGAACACUAGCAGCUCUUCCACAGUUACAGUUUCUCAUAACAAGACCAGUGUGGGUACGAAAUCACAGAACUCGUCGGCGGGCGCCAAAAAGAAAGCGAGCGCAAGCUCCGCCGCGGGUUCCGCCGAUUCGGCCGAUCCAUCUGCGGCGGCAAAGAAAGCGGCUGCUUCAAUGCAAUCUUCUUUUUACCAGCAUCACGUGUCUUCAUCGAUGUAUGGGGAUGACGAUAUCAACGACGUUGCGGCAAUGGGUGGUGUCAAUCUAGCGGAGGAAACCCAGCGGAUUCUCGGCUCGACAGAGUUUGUGGGGACGCAGAUCCGAUCGUGUAAGGAUGAGGUGUUUUUGCAUUUGCCCGCACUCCAGGCCAAAAUUAGGAGUAUCAUCGCGAGGCACGGACUGGAGGAACCUAACAGCGAGGUCGCGGUGUUGAUAUCGCAUGCCUGCCAAGAACGGCUGAAAAACGUUGUGGAGAAGCUGGCGGUGAUUGCGGAGCAUCGAAUCGAUAUUAUUAAGGUUGAUCCCCGUUAUGAGGUGACGAAGGAUGUUCGAGGGCAGAUCAAGUUCCUAGAAGAGUUGGACAAAGCGGAACAAAAGCGACACGAAGAACAGGAGCGAGAAAUGCUUAUGAGGGCAGCCAAAUCCCGAUCGAAGACGGAAGAUCCCGAACAGGCUAAAUUGAAAGCAAAGGCGAAAGAAAUGCAGCGAGCGGAGAUGGAAGAGCUACGUCAACGAGACGCUAAUCUGACUGCCUUGCAAGCCAUUGGACCGCGGAAAAAGCCCAAGCUGGAGGAAGGUGCAACUGCGCCAGUAACCCCAGGGGCCUCUGGAAUCGGUGUCGUCAGUGGGAAGGCUUCCACCUCGCUCAGACCUCGUAUCAAGAGGGUGAAUCUGCGUGAUAUGCUGUUUUAUCUGGAGCAAGAGAAGGAGAGCUGCAGAAGUCAAAUGCUCUAUAAGGCCUACCUCAAGUGAUCGAUUGUGGUACGAGUGGUGAUAACGUUCAUGAUGAUGCUAAUGAUGAUAACAGUCAUUUUCCGCUGAGGUGUCAGCCGUUGCAUGCAACAACGAUCGGAAAUGGCUUGGAGCAUACUGCCGAUAAACGAUAGUGAUCCCGAAGGACCAACGGUUCGGUUCUUUUCAUCUCGAAUGGGUUGUUUUAGAUCCAAGAUCAACGAGGCUCCACCGUUGACCUGGCGAUGGGGGAGGCAAAAGUGUCCAAUUCAUGCAUCGUUUCAUGUUAUAAUGUCAGAUGUAGAACUAGGAGUGUGACAUCGUGGACCGCGCGGAGACGACACGGGAUGAAAGAGUGCGGUGACCAUCUGGACAUAAAUGUUUGUGUGAGUUCUUAGGGAAUUUUGUACAUAGUUAUUUUCAAUGGAUAUAUUAGGGAGCGAGCGCGUGAGAAAGAAAAAGAAAUAGUAAGCAGUUUCGGUUAAUUUAUGAGCGUGAGCUGUUUUCUAUGUUUUAUUUAAAUUUUACAACACAGUAAAACCGAAAUAAAGUCUGUACAGAGAAUUAACAUAAUGUGAACCACACGAACGCGUCUAGGUUUUAAGUCUAAGAAGAAAAAAGAAAUUAGGUCUGAAAUAAUAAGAGCUACAAAUGAGUAAAUAAUUUUGAAUCCUUUAGAGGGGCCCCCGUGGUCUGUGCGAAUGUGACCGCCUGCGAACAUUGUUUUUGUUUGAUUUUACUUUUUAAAACCUAUAUCAACCAGAGAAAAAAUAAUCUAAAAAAAAAUUACAAUGACGAUCCAAGUUAGGAAGUAAAACGCUAAAAUUGUAACUAGAAAAAAAAUUCUUAUAUCAAAAGGUAAAAACAUUGUGGAAAAUUCGGAUAUGUUAAAGGUUGAAUUGACAAACUGUCAAUGAGUAACAAGCUUUCUUUGUGAUUAUAUCACUAAAAUUGAAAAUUAAAAAAGCUUAUUGUUUAUAAAAAAUCAAGAAAAAAACCCUAUUAUUUAUGUUUAGAGUCUUUUCAUUCGAGUUUAAUUUAAUGAAAUGAAUCCUUCGAUGGUAUAAAACAGAAAAUGCUAAGGAAAGUUCAACAAUAGAGAUACCUUUUCUUAUAAAAAUAAAUUCUAAAAGAAAAUUUAAACGUCCGAAUUCAGUGUUGGAACUAAAAGAAACUCAAUGAAUUUUGAUGAUUAUUCCCUACUAAGCUAUGAUAAUUCUAAAAUGUUCAUAAGUUUUUUUUCAAUUUAGGGAGAUCAUAAAAACGAUAAAAGAGAAAACGAGCUUCAAAGUUAUUUGUUCGCU